AACAUCAUUUGUAAGCAAAUUUCUGCAGAGUUUUAAUCGAAAUUCACCGCAUUUAUUUGCUAGUGCCCGAAAAAAUAGUAUAUCAAUAACAGCAACCGCAAAUAGGGCGGCAAAUAGUUAAGUUCACUUUAUUUAACAUCAAGAAAUACGCUUCGAGACAGUUCAACGUAACAAAAUCUAAUCAUGGAUAACUAUUUGUUCGAUGGCGGUCGCAUUACAAAAAUGGAGGUGGAUUAUGAGCCCGCCUGUGAUGAGAAAAUUCCCCUAGCCAAGGAGCUGGCCAAAAAGAAUCCUGACGCCUUUCAUGAAGCCAUCGAAAUUAUGCUUCAGCUGGAGAAACAAACACGUCUGGGCGCUGAUAUGGUAUCUUGUUCACGUGUGCUUGUUGCCAUCUGCCAGAUAUGCCUCCAGACAGGCAACUGGAAUGCAUUGAACGAGUACGUCUCACUGCUAGUGCGUCGCCGUUCGCAACUCAAGCAAGCCGUGGUCAAGAUGAUUCAGGAAUGCUGCACAUAUGUGGACAAAACGCCCGAUAAGGAGAGCAAGCUGAAGCUGAUAGAUACGCUGCGUUCCGUUACCGAAGGCAAAAUCUACGUAGAAAUUGAACGUGCACGCUUAACUAAAAUCUUGGCGGACAUUAAGGAAGCCGAUGGCGAUGUGGUGGGUGCUGCAGCGGUCAUGGAAGAGCUGCAAGUGGAGACCUAUGGCUCCAUGGACAAGCGUGAGAAGGUCGAGCUCAUAUUGGAGCAAAUGCGUCUGUGUCUCUUGAAAGAGGACUACGUGUCCACUCAGAUAAUUUCCAAGAAAAUUAGCAUAAAAUUCUUUGAUGAUCCGGCACAACAUGAUCUCAAGUUAAAAUUCUACAACCUAAUGAUACAACUGAAUCGAGAUACAUCCUUCCUAAAUACAUCGCGUCAUUAUCAAGCUAUUGCAGAGCCGCCGCGAAAAAAGGCCCCAGAAACCGAUGAGUCAUCCACUGGAGAUGAGAAGAAAAAGAGUGAGGAUAAAAAAACAAAAGAAGAAGAUGACAAGAAGUCGGAAUCCGCUACUGCACUAGAGCCUGAGAUAGAACUGACAGAUGCGCAGAAAAAGGAGCUUACAGAUAAGCUGGUCUGCGCUGUGAUUUACUGCGUAUUGGCUCCCUAUGACAACGAGCAGAGCGAUAUGAUGGCGCAUCUAUCAAAGAACAAGAAACUGGAGGAUGUUCCCGCCUAUAAGGAAAUACUGCGUCUGUUUAUGUCAAAGGAGCUUAUAAACUUCGAUACGUUUAAUGCAGACUUUGGCAUGGUUCUGGCCGAAAACGAUAUGUUCAAGGAUAACACCAAGCAUGGCAAGAAGUGCAUCACUGAGCUGAAAGACCGCUUGAUAGAACACAAUAUACGCAUCAUAGCGAUGUAUUAUUCACGAUUGCACUUGACACGUAUGAGUGAGCUGCUAAAUUUGCCCACAAAUCGUUGUGAGGAGUAUCUGUCCAAGUUGGCCAACAGUGAUACAAUACGUGUUAAGAUCGAUAGACCUGCUGGCAUUGUGUAUUUUACAACAAAGAAGAGUGCUUCGGAUAUAUUGAACAACUGGGCAACCGAUGUGAAUCAGCUGAUGUCCCUGGUCAACAAAACCUGUCAUUUGAUCAACAAGGAGGAAUGCGUCUACUCAGUUAUGUGUGCUGUCGAGGAUUAG